CCGAGUGCAGGGGACCCAGAGCAUAUUACCUACCUCGAGAAGUCGGCUCAGACCGCUGGGGCCAUGUUCCUUGCAGUGGAUGCAUCCCAGCAUGUUCAUUUUACCGUCAUCGAACUGGAUGCACCUCUGAUCUGGGCCAAGCUCCAAUCAGUCCACCUCCAGAAGGUGUCUGGGGCGUGUUACAACGCUCUGGACGCUGUUUUCGCCGUCAGAAAGCAGCUUGACGAGUCCCUGCCUUCCCUGGCCUCCAGGGUGGACACCCUCGUUCAGACCUUCAAGGACUUGUGCCCGGACAGCUACACACUCGAGCAGCUGUUCGCAGAUCUAGCUGCCAUGUCCAUGCUU